AGGAACGAACCUGAACACAACGCUUCAUCAUUUACAUCGUCUUUACAUUUUGGUGCCCUGAUUAUUACACUAGAAGUACGAUGAAUUUACAGAGGUUACGAUCAAAUAGAGGAGGUACUAAACGCACAAUCGCUAUUUUGCUUGAAAAAAUCGUCGAAAAGAAAGAGAAUGAAACGCGGAUAGAAAUCAACUCACUUCUGAAAAAUUUGGAGACAAAAGUGCAAAUGCUAGAGACACUUUACGAAAAAAUAUUAUUAAACACCGAAACUGAAGAAAUUGAAGAUGAAAUUGUGGAAACAGACAUUUACAUGAUGGAUUUACGCAUGAAAUUAGACAUACUUAUCGCCGAGCGUGAUCAACGGGAUACGAGCAUAGUGAGUCAGCAGCCGACAUUUCAUCCCAUGGAUACGCUGCGUGGUCGAGGGGAUACGGGUUUAGGAAGUCAACAGACGACAUUUCAUCCCUUAGAUGCACAGCGUGAUCAACAGGAUACGAGUAUAGGGAGUCAGCAGCCGACAUUUCAUCCCAUGGAUACGCAGCGUGGUCGAAGGGAUACGGGUUUAGGAGGUCAACAGACGACAUUUCAUCCCUCAGCACAGCGUGAUCAACGGGAUACAAGCAUAGGGAGUCAGCAGCCGACAGUUCAUCCCGUGGAUAUGCAACGUGGUCGAGGGGAUACGGGUUCAGGAGGUCAACAGACGACAUUUCAUCCCUUAGCACAGCGUGAUCAAGCGGAUACGAGGUUGAACAUUCAGCAGACGACAUUUCAUCCCGACGAUACACCACUUACACUGGAGAACAGAAAUAAACAUGCUUUACAUAAUCCAGUCGAUACCAUUCAUCUGACAGCCGUGCAGCACGAAAGGGUGCCUUGCAGCUUCCAGUUCCGGAGGAAAGUAUACGACGGCUCCCGGGCGGCACACGAUAGACGGUCCCCAUAUCCGUACGGAGAGUACCUCGACUUGACAAGAUCGGAGUACCGGCAAUCAAACCAACACAACUCUCACGUAAACAUCGCAACUGAAUUCCCUUUCGUAAGCGGCCUUUCAAACAUGGUCGGCGUACCGGAAACACCCACAGCCAUUUUUCGGCCGUUGACCCACAGGAUGUCACCGCCUGGUACUGGCUACGAACCAACCGCUAGAUUUCACUUCAAUGGCGUAUAUCCGACGCUCCAUUACCCCGCCGCCGCCGCCCACCUGCAGCCACAUCCUACACAUUCAGUUUACCGGAACAGAUUCUCACACAAAGGCCGCUACGCAAACGUUAACCUUGUGACUCCCUUGUGGCCUAAAUAUGGUGGACGCUCAGAACGCCCGGAACCGACAUAUCCUAGCAGCGCCGACGGCAACCACGAGCGACCGCGGAGCUUCGGCGAUCCGGCGGGAACUGCAUCGAGCGACAAGACAAGCGUCUCCUCUGCAGAGAUGAAGAGCGAGCGGACAGACGGCGGAUUGGAAACUGAGACGAUCUCAGUUUCCCGGUCGCCGUCGCCGCAGAGUUUUCAGUGGGCAAGCUCCCAGUCACGUGACACGAGCAUGCCCGAUUUCAGCUCUUCGUCCGACUCCAAGCACUCGUCCGGCAUCGAGAGCGAAGAUCAGAAGCCGAACGUGUUGUCCGAAAAGUCACGUGGCGAUAGUCCGACGGUGAGCUCUACGGUGACCGCUUCUCACCAAGAUUCCCACGGGUCACCGCCUGCGCAACGUACGCCGUACCACCACCCGAGCAACGGAGCCGCGUCCGUCGGCUUCGGCUUCCGGUACACCUCAUGCACGGAUGUCAACAUGAACAUGUACCCGCAUGCACAGAGAGCACCGGUGGAGCAGACGUACGAGGCGGCCGCCAAGUUGCUUUUCAUGUACGUGCAAUGGACACACAACCAGGCCAUUCGUAAAAUUCUAUCCGUUAGAAGUGCUAUGUGGAAGCGAAACCGAGAGAAACUAGUGAUGAACAUUGUGAUUAAACAUGUGAGAAACAGUGCGAUAAACAGUUGAUAAACAAUGUGCUUAACAUGUGAUUGUUAAAAAUGUGAUACAAAGUGAACUUUCAAAGACAGUGCAAUCUAUUCUGGGGUUAAGGUGAUUAAUCGAUAUAUUGACAGUAAUUGAGAUUAUUAUUUUGACUAAUAAUUUGUUCUUCAUGUAUUUUUGUUGGAUUAACAUUUUUGAUCAGACUCAUUGAUAUAUGUUGCAUAAUCAUUUUGAGGCCCCAAGAAUGUCGCGGU